AUGCCUUAUUACGCGAUAAAAAGUGCUGAAGAUUUCGAUAACCAAUUAGAAGAAGCCGGAGACCAAGUGGGAGUCGCUACAGCUCAAAAUAUCACUUCUCUUCCUACUUUUCGAUUUUUCAAGAAUAAACAACGUCAUUGUGAUGAUGUCAUCGGUGCAAAUCCCACUAAGUUGGAAGAUGAAAUCAAAAAACAUUCUAAAAUUUGUUGA